AUGUCGGAUCUCAAACUUGUCGAAUUGGACUCGGUGGAAAUCCUAGUCAUCAUCGACAAUGAACUCGAUCCCAUCUCCGCUUCGCCGAAUCCGAGUAUCCAACAGUCGGGGAAUCUCAAGGAUAUUGCCCUCGCCAAUGGACCUGUCACGGACGGGAGAAGUAGUAAUGGAGAUGAAGUUUAUGAGGUUCGUAUGGAUAAGAUCUGUUGCAGUGCCCAUGGUCUUUCAUUGAUGAUCACUGGAACUGCGAAUGGAAAGCAACAUACCAUCCUCUUUGAUACCGGUCCUGAGGAGUCUGCUUGGGAAAGGAAUGCGAGGCGAUUGAAUGUUGAUCCUGGUUUGAUUGAGAGGAUUCAUCUCUCUCAUUGGCAUCGUGAUCAUUCGGGCGGGAUGCCGCAAGUUCUGCGAAUGAUCCACCAAGCAAGAGAGAAGGAUACUACGCCCAAGGAAAAGCAGCUAGAUCCUGUCACGGUCGAUCUACAUCCAGCUCGACCGAUUGGGAGGGGAACUCACCGUCCAGGAGGGCCGAUUAUUUCCCUUGAAGUGGAUCCUUCAUUCGAGGAAAUUGAAGCUUUGGGAGGGAAAGUUAGCAAGAAUGACCAGGCGCAUACAGUCCUUGAUGGAAUGUUUCUGAUAUCGGGAGAGAUUCCACGGGUGACCGGCUAUGAAAAGGGACUCAAGGCUGGGGUGAGAUUCAAUGGAAAGGAAUGGGAAGAGGAUUUGCUGAUCCAAGAUGAGAGACUGGUCAUGUGCAAGGUGAAAGGCAAAGGAAUUGUCAUGUUCACGGGCUGCAGCCACGGCGGCGUGAUUAAUGCUUCCAAGUAUGCAGUAUCAUUAGGCGGCGGGUCGCCAUUGUAUGCGGUCAUGGGAGGAUUCCAUCUUGCAGACGCCGGACCGGAUGAUAUUCAAGCAACCGUAGAUGCAUUCCAAGAACUUGACGCAAAGGCAUUGCUGGCUGGGCACUGUACGGGCUGGAGGGCCAAGUAUMGCAUUGAACAGGACAUGCCGGGGAGACUGGUGCCCAGUUUCGUGGGGAGUCGCUUUGUGAUUGAUGCAGGAGGGAUGGAAUCGUGA